GGCGGGAGCGGGAGCUGGAGCGGGAUCGGCCGCAGCCGCUGGCGUCAGCGCCGGAGGGCGGGGCGCGCUCGGGGAGGCGGCUGGAGCUGCGCCGGUGGCGGCUCGGCGCCCGCUAGCCGGCCGGGCCUCCUCCGCCGCCCGCUGACUUGCAUCUCCGCUUCCCUCCCGCCGCGUCCCCGCGCGAAGAUGGCAACCGACGGGCUGCACGAGAACGAGACGCUGGCGUCGCUCAAGAGCGAGGCCGAGAGCCUCAAGGGCAAACUGGAGGAGGAGCGGGCCAAGCUGCACGACGUGGAGCUGCACCAGGUGGCCGAGCGCGUGGAGGCCCUGGGGCAGUUUGUCAUGAAGACCAGAAGGACCCUCAAAGGCCACGGGAACAAGGUUCUGUGCAUGGACUGGUGCAAGGAUAAGCGGAGGAUCGUGAGCUCCUCGCAGGAUGGGAAGGUGAUCGUGUGGGAUUCCUUCACUACCAACAAGGAGCACGCGGUCACCAUGCCCUGCACGUGGGUGAUGGCGUGUGCGUACGCCCCGUCGGGAUGUGCCAUCGCGUGUGGUGGUUUGGAUAAUAAGUGUUCUGUGUAUCCUCUGACAUUUGACAAGAAUGAAAACAUGGCUGCCAAAAAGAAGUCUGUUGCUAUGCACACCAACUACCUGUCGGCCUGCAGCUUCACCAACUCUGACAUGCAGAUCCUGACGGCGAGCGGCGACGGCACGUGUGCCCUGUGGGACGUGGAGAGCGGGCAGCUGCUGCAGAGCUUCCACGGGCACGGGGCCGAUGUGCUCUGCUUGGACCUGGCCCCCUCGGAAACCGGGAACACCUUCGUGUCUGGGGGAUGUGACAAGAAAGCCAUGGUGUGGGACAUGCGCUCCGGACAGUGCGUGCAGGCCUUUGAAACACAUGAAUCUGACGUCAACAGUGUCCGAUACUACCCGAGCGGAGAUGCCUUUGCUUCGGGUUCAGAUGAUGCUACGUGUCGCCUCUACGACCUCCGGGCAGACAGGGAGGUCGCCAUCUAUUCUAAAGAGAGUAUCAUCUUUGGAGCUUCCAGCGUGGACUUCUCCCUCAGUGGUCGCCUGCUGUUUGCUGGAUACAACGAUUAUACCAUUAACGUCUGGGAUGUCCUCAAGGGGUCCCGAGUCUCCAUCUUGUUUGGACAUGAAAACCGUGUUAGUACUCUACGAGUGUCCCCUGAUGGGACUGCCUUCUGCUCAGGAUCAUGGGAUCAUACCCUGAGAGUCUGGGCUUAAUCACAAUGCACACAUAGGUACCUGAGAAUAGAGUUUGAAAUUGUCACAUGUAACUAGAUCUUGCUUCUAGAGGAUCUGAGAGUUUAUUGCAACUUAACUCAAGGCAGCAGCUCCAUGACUGAGAGUUCACCAAGCGUCUCCAAUAUUACUGUUAAAACCACCACCCUGGAGAGAUCCCAGUAUGAGCCUUCAGCACUAUGAGAACACUUUCAAGUACAGUGUUUUUCCUUUCAAACGCUUUUUAAAAUAUAUGUUUUUAAAGUUAUUCUAAAUUAUAGUCUCAACUCAUUCUAUUCCCAAUAGAAUUCAGCAUUUAAUAUGUUCCGUAUUGUUUCCUUGAAUCAAGUUUAUUUUUCAGAGCACUUUAAAAGCUGAUUUUUCUCAGUGUGCACUGUGAUUUGGGGAACCUUCCCCUGGAAGUGUUGAUUUUAAUGGACUGUGUAAGAAGGACUGUGUUAAUUGGUCUUUGAUAGAAGAAAAUUCCAAUUCCAAAUGUAAUUAGACAAAAGCAACUUUUUUAAAUGUGUUUUUAUUGUGAAAGUAUCCUUUUCAGCCUUGCAUCCUAUUGUCUUUUUUCAGAUAAAACAUUUUCAUAUAUGUAAACAGUUAUAAAUGAAGCAGAGAUAUACGUAAAAUGGAAGGUUUGAUUUGUGAAUCUUGUGAUGGUGGGAUAUCUCACUGCAUCAUGUGGACAGGACAUUUUCUUUCAUUAAGGGGAAAAGCUGAGUGUUGUUUGUGACACAGAUGCUUCUCAGAGCAACCAAAACCUUUCUGUGCAGGAACACAAGACAGUAAACUUAUUUAAAAGCCAAUUUGUAGUGUUAGAUGUGUUGGGAUUAGUAGUAUCUACUCAGGCUAAAGUGAAUCUUGUCCAUGUCAGUUAUACUCAUUUAUUGCAUUGCAAGUGUAAUUACAUACACAAAUUAAUUGAUAGGUCU